UGACAAAAUCAUAGAAUUCAAUAGAUCUCAAGGAAAAUUCAUUAGAACGGUAGCACUCGUUUUCUCUGCCUUGUCGGUCCGAUCGAUUAGGAGAGACCACUAUCCGGAUCAUGAGAACGAGCUCUGCAGUUUCUUUGCCGCUGCAGCCUGAGAGAAAAAGAGGGUGACAACAAGGAAUACGCUGAUGCUCCUCCCCUUCCUCGCUGAUCUACUGCCGUGAGCCCCAUCCGCCCUCUUGCGCUGCUGUCGAAAUCCAAAGAAGAGAGCAUUUCUUGAUUGAUUCAAGCUAGCUGUCCAAUUUCAGAGAACUCGUUCAUCCUGAGGAUCUUGUUAUGGGAAUCAGUAAAACAGAAGUAAACUUAAGGAGGUUGCUUGCAGCUGCACCUCAGCAACAAAAUAAAGCAAAACUUAUACAUUAUGUUGCUACUUUACGGGAACAAUUGGAACAAUUGGCUGAAGAAAGAAAUCCAGAUGGCUUACCUAGAGUUUCAAAGGCUAAGGUGAAUGAUUAUUCUGAGAAGAUUGAAGCCAUUGCUACCAGAAUAGCUGCACCAUUGCCUCAUGUUUUGGUAUCUGAAAAGUCUGAUGCUGGGAGUUCUGCAAAAGAAAGUCCUAAAGCAGAUGGAGAAACUCACUUCCCCUCUUCUCCAGGCUUGAGAAGAAGAUUUGUGUCAUCGUCAAAUAUUGAUGACAGAACUCAUGACCUAAAUCAGGUUCAUACAUCAGCGCCUGUCAAACUGGAUACUGCAGCAAAAGCACACAUUGAGAAGCACAGAAAGCUUCAGGAGGAUUUGACUGAUGAAAUGGUCGGGUUGGCACAGCAACUCAAAGAAAGUAGUCUCAUGAUGAGUCAGUCCCUGCAAAAUACUGAAAAGAUACUUGAUUCUACGGAGAAGGCUGUUGAGCAGAGCUUGGCUAGCACUGGUCGUGCCAAUGUACGAGCCUUGGAGGUAUACUCAAAAACUUCCAAGACCACAUGCUUCACAUGGCUUGUGAUUUUUCUAAUGACAUGUAUUUUCAUCAUGGUUGUGCUCCUAAUUCGUGUCACUUGAGCUGAUCUUCAGUUCUUGGGAUAAGCAAUCUAUUCCCAAGCAGUAGACAUGGUAAUGCUACUAUCUUUCAAUAUGAUUGUCGCAUUUAACCAUGUCAUAAUGCCUUGUAAAUUUCUGGAGCUCAAGUAGCGAACUGAAAAUUUUGCUUACAUGCACCCGAAAAAUAGUAAUGAGAAGUAUAUUUGUUGGAUACUGUUUUCUUUCUUAAA